AUGAAGCUGAUUCUGGCCUUGUGUGCCUUAGUGGCACUCACAGAGUGCCUGCAUUGCAGAGUUCCUCUGAUCAAGGGCAAGACUACCCGUGAGAAACUACAGGAGAAAGGUGAAUGGGAGACAUUCAGGAAGCUGUAUCCCUACAAGCCCACAGUCAAGUUUAUUCAGACUGGUGUCGAGUCCAUGACCAAUGAUGCAGAUCUCUCCUACUAUGGUGUGAUCUCCAUUGGCACCCCUCCUCAGUCCUUCCAAGUGAUUUUUGAUACAGGUUCUUCCAACCUGUGGGUGCCUUCAGUCUCCUGCUCAAGCCAGGCUUGCCAGAACCAUAAUCAGUUCAACCCACAGCAAUCAAGCACUUUCCAAAAUGCCAAUGAAGCUCUCUCAAUUCAGUAUGGCACUGGCAGCAUGACUGGGUAUCUGGGUUAUGACACUGUGACGGUUGGUGGAAUUUCAGUGCAAAACCAAAUCUUCGGACUGAGUGAGAGUGAGGCACCCUUCAUGGCCACCAUGGUGGCAGAUGGAAUUCUUGGUCUGGCCUACCAAACCAUUGCUUCUGAUGAUGCAACCCCUGUCUUCGACAACAUGAUGAACCAAGGCCUAGUCUCCCAGGAUGUCUUCUCAGUCUAUCUGAGCAGCAGCGGUGAGCAGGGUAGUGUGCUGCUUUUAGGUGAGAUUGACAGUUCCUACUACACUGGUAACAUCUACUGGAUCCCCCUGUCCUCAGAAACCUACUAUCAGGUCACCAUGGACAGUGUUUCAAUCAAUGGCCAGAUAGUUGCUUGCUCUGGUGGGUGUCAGGCUAUUGUUGAUACAGGGACUUCACUUAUCGUUGGCCCAACAAGUGACAUCAGCAACAUUAACGCCUGGUUGGGUGCAACCACUGAUCAGUAUGGAGAUGCCACUGUGAGCUGCAGCAACAUCCAGAGCAUGCCUGAAAUCACCUUCACCCUUAACAGCUAUACCUUCACCAUCCCUGCCUCAUCCUACAUCUCUCAGAGCUACAGUUCCUGCAGAACAGGUUUCGGUGGUAGCAGUGACUCACUGUGGAUCCUGGGUGAUGUUUUCAUCAGAAACUUCUAUACCAUUUUUAACAGACAGACCAAUAAUGUAGGCCUGGCUCAGCUUGCUUAA